CUGUCUACAGAAUCUGUGGUUACUGGUGUUUUGAAAGCUGGACCUUCUCAUGUAACUGAAGACAAUGAAGAGUCAAGUCAGAACAUCCAAGGCCCAUCCCAUCUUACCAUCAGUGUAAACAGUGAAAAUCCAGAACGUGUUUGUACGGUUCAAGAAGAAGACGUGCAGCACGAAGAUGAAAACACACCACCGCAUGGCAAUGAAGAAGUUGAAGAACAGAGAACGCGGUAAUUUAACAUUUUUGUUGCGUGUGCUUUAAUCAAAAAGGCUUCCUAAGCUAUAUAAAGGAAUUCGAUAGCAGUUAACCCAUAAUAGUAAUUUCUUAUUGUUAAACUUUGCAGAUGCCCGAAAAUCAGGAAAUUGGAGAAAAAGAAAGUGAAGAACUUCAAAGUGAUCAGGACGAAUCAACAGAAUCGGAAACGUAUAUACUGUGCAGGUCACCUUCAAUAUCUUAAGUCGCAACUACGUGUAAGCGAAGAAAUUGCCAAUGAAAUUGAAUCCGCUGAAAAUGUCAAUGAAGAAUAUUUCUUGAUCAGAAUAAAAGAAUUCACGAAGCAGGUAAAAGAAUCCUCAAGCCAUCUCCUGAAGCUAUCAUCCAAGGUCCUGGAAAAACUCGAAAGUUCAAAGGAUAACCUUGACGAGUCUAACCGCCUUGCCAUUGCUUGA